AUGACGAUAUUCCAAGAUGAAAAUCUCGAGGCAAUCAAACUUCUGGAACGACCCUGGACAGGCGAGAAACUACUUGAAGUAAGGACUGGGAGGGUGAAGCCUGCGUUUGGUAUUCAAUCUGCCAUAUUCAAGAAUGUCCGACCAGGCCCCAUCGCCGUCAACAAGUUGGGAUGUGACGGCGACGAGCAUGCCUUCGAGCUUCACGGCGGUCCUGAGAUGGCCUUAUUGCAAUACAGCACGCUACACUAUCAUCGGUGGAAAGAGGAGCUACCUGAGAGCGCACAUUUGUUCGCCCCAGGAGGAUUCGGUGAAAAUCUCGUAGCGAAGUACGCCAACGAACGAAACAUUUGCAUCGGCGAUGUCCUCCAGAUUGGAACCGUCGUUGCGCAAGUGACGCUACCUCGUCAACCAUGCUUUAAAUUGAACCACCGAUUUCAAAUCAAGGACAUGUCCAAGCGCUCCCAGGACCUCUUUCGGACAGGUUGGCUGUAUCGAAUCCUGAAAGAAGGCACGGUGCAGGCUGGAGACGACAUGGUUCUUCUCCGACGACCGCAUCCCGAAUGGACGAUAGCCAAGGUUCAACAUUAUCUCUACCACGAUAUGCGGAAUGAAAUGGCCAUGCGGCAACUGAUCGAAAUCGACGAGCUAGGCUCCGAAGCACGUACCAUUUUUGAGAACCGUCUCAGGAAGCAGUACGAGGACCAGGAGGGACGCCUCACCGGCGGAGAAGGCAUGGCGCUCGAUAUUUGGUCCAGUUACAGACUCGUUCAGAAGCAGAAGGAGACCCCUAGGAUUGUCUCUCUGACCUUCGAGAAAACCGAGCCCUUGUCAAACGCCGAGGAGGUUCAGCCAGGGUCGCAUGUGCGAGUGAAACUGAGCAACCGAAGAUUGGUGCGGGCAUACUCAGGAGACGAGCCGUGGAGGAUCACACUUCGUCCAUCAAGACCUCCACCCAGGCGAUACGUUGUUGUUUUCCCACUUGCGAACGAGGCCGACGAGCAUGUCCUCAUCGCUGGCGGCAUUGGUCUCACCGCAUUCAUUGCCUCCGCGGCAUACUGUCAACGGAACGGUCUAUCCUAUCACCUGCACUAUCUGAUUCGAAAUUCGUGCGACGUUGCUCUGAAGACAUAUCUCACACAGUUUGGAGCAAAUGUUACCAUUUACGACAAGUCCUCGGGGAGGGAUUUCAACCCUGCGGCGGUGCUGGGCAAGGUGAAGUGCAACACACAUAUCUACUGCUGCGGCUCAAGUCGACUCCAGCAGGGCGUUACAGACGCGGCUCAUUCAAUGGGUGUCAGUUCCAGCCAUCUCCACUUCGAGACCUUCGAGGUUGCGACUUCUGGAGACCCUUUCGUGGCGCAAUUGGCCGACUCGGGGAGGACGCUGUCUGUGAAAGGAGGGAAGUCUCUGCUCGCUGUACUGCGGGAGGCGGGCCUGGAGAUUUCAUCUUCCUGUGAGGCUGGGAAUUGUGGUACUUGUCGUGUAGGUGUCAGAAGUGGCAGCGUGGAACAUCGAGGGACCGGGUUGAUGGAAGAUGAAAAGUGUUCUGCCAUGCUCAGUUGCGUGUCCAGAGGCAUUGGAACCAUUGUACUAGACUUGUAA